GAACAUCCAUGCUUGCAAUACACAAAGGAGAUACACAGGAUAUAAUACUCUAAUUUUUAAUAACUACACAAACAUUCAACUUCUAUCAAUCUUUGAGAUCAGCACAUACAUUCGAAAACCUUCGGCUUUAUACAACAUUCAACUACUAUCCAUCAUGAACACCGGGUCGAACAACCAGCUACUCUCAUUGUCCAGUACCGGAACAAACAUUUCCCAAUUUGCAAAUGACAAUAUUGGCACAAGCAUUGAAUCAUCUUCAAUGUCUAAUAUCACUACCGAGAUUGAACACCUCUCAAUCUCCAGCAACGACAGGAACGUUAAUUCGCCGGGUAGCAUAAUCAAUUCGGGUAAAAUGGCCCAACAAUCUCAACCUGAUAAUGCUGAAUCGACCGCUCUACAAGCACCAGCACCAACACCCAUCCGAAAAUGGCGCUGGCCAAAACCACCACCUGAGAGAAGAAGAAAAGCAGUAAUAUCAGAUACAAAUACCAGUGUCAAUACCAACCCCCUCUCACCACCUGAAAUCUAUUCCGACAUAGUCUGGAAAUGGCACGAAACCCCCUCUAAACCCACCACUCCCUCACCCUCACCCUCACCCUCACCCCCACGCACCCUCUCCCUCUCCCACGGCUUCUCAAAAUACUGGGAAGACAUCUCAGACGAAGAACUAGUCACGCAUAUUCCGUCCAACAUAAUCCAGAUCUGGAAAGAUAGAAUCGCCCAGCGACGUGUGCAAGCGCGAGCUGCGGGCGCGGAAUAUGAGCGGGAGUUGGAAAAGGAGCUGGAGGAGAAAUAUGGCGCGAUGUUGCGGUGUAGGAAGGAGAUGGAUGGGGAGGCGUUUGUGGAGGGGUUGUUGGAGAUGGUGGAGGAGUGUGGCUUGGCUGGGGUGGUGAGGGAGAGGGGGAGGAAGGCGUUUUGGAAGGGAAGGGGGCUCGCGUGAUUAGAUGAGUAAUGAAUGGGAUGUGGGAUAUGGGACAUGAGAAAUAACAAAUAGGAAGGGAAGAAAGCGGGUGGGAGGGGGGAUUAUAUCCCAUAUAUCUGUAACAAUUAUUGAUGGCUUACCUUCUCUUCACAUCAAUGCUCAAUACAACCGUCUGUCUCUAUUACUAGAGACUCCA